GCAACGUGAGUACUGUGGGCACUACGUCAGCUGCUGCACUGGCGGUGACGAGCCCUCGGUUCUUGUGGUUGCCACGUACUGCUGGCAACGAUGAAUUUGCUCCCCCUCCUCAUCCUGCUGGCCGCGCGCUGGCCGGUGCACGGCACGUGGGACAACUGUGGAGGGACCUGCGGGCUCCGGCCCAUGGCUUCUUACUACGGCAUGUCACGCGUUGUGGGUGGCACAGAUGCCCAGCCAGGGGCCUGGCCCUGGAUCGUCAGCAUCCAGAAUCCCUGGAAAAUAGGCACAGGGCAUGUAUGCGGAGGGUCCCUCAUCAGCCCACAGUGGGUCCUCACAGCAGCCCACUGCUUCAUCGAGGCCAGGCACAUUACAAUGUGGCGUGUGGUGAUCGGCGCCACACAGUUGACUCGGCUGGGCCCUGAGGUCCAAGUGCGCAAUAUUAAGCGGCUACUGGUUCAUGAACACUAUAGUAAUAUCACACAGAGGAACGACAUUGCGUUGCUGGAAUUGGACCAGCCUGUCCAGUGCAGCUACUACAUACAGCUUGCCUGUGUGCCCGAUGCCUCGCUGAGAGUGUCAGAGCUGACAACUUGCUACGUCAGUGGUUGGGGCUCCACAAAAGCAAGAUCUGGAGUAUCAACUGAUAUCCUGCAGGAGGCCAAGGUCCACCUCAUUGAUAUCAACCUCUGUAACAGCAGCCGGUGGUACAGAGGGGCCAUCCACACCCACAACUUGUGUGCUGGCUAUCCGCAGGGUGGCAUCGACACCUGCCAGGGUGACAGCGGUGGUCCUCUUGUCUGCAAAGAUAACAAUGCUGACUACUUCUGGCUUGUUGGAGCGACCAGCUGGGGGAGAGGCUGUGCAAGAGCAAAACAGCCCGGAGUCUACACCUCCACUCAACACUUUUAUGACUGGAUCCUGGUACAGAUGGGACUGCACCCAGCAAUAAGGGCUGCUCCAACAUCACGGGCAUGGAGUCAUUUUCUCACUGCCUCAACCCCCUUUCAGAGGCCAAGGCCAACACCAACACAAUCAGGCAGGUUUCCACCCUGCCCAUUUCCACGUCAGAAGCUGGUGGAAUUCUUUACUCGGGUGCAGGAGCUCCUGCAGGUCCUAAGGGGAAAAAAGGCUUGAGCAGCAGGAUGAACAGGAUCCAGUGCAGGCUGCAGUGUACCACGCCACUUCCUUCUGGGGCAAUGUCCGCUGAUCCAAAGGCAGCCUCAGUGUCAAAGGCCUGCUCUGUCCUGCCCACGCCCCUCUGAGUGCAAACAAAUGCUGAAGUUGCCUUAGUUCUUGAAAUAAAGUUGCCAAUUUUCACAGCUAACCCUGCUUCAGUUCAGUCUCCUGUGCAAGGCAAGGACUUCCAUGCCCCGCACCUGCAAAAUGAGGCCGCAGUCAAGUAGAGCACAAAGGGGAAGAGUCGCUCAAAAGGGC